CGGAGAAUAACCUUGCUCAAUGCUCAUGAUAGACACCGUUUACUACCUGUCUCACAUCAGGCGAAUUGUAUGAAAAACACUUGUCGUAGUAGAUUUAUCAGGAUGAAGAUUGAUAUUCAUAAUCACAUUUUACCCAAGGAAUGGCCCAAUCUGAAAGAGAGAUAUGGAUAUGAUGGAUUUAUCCAGCUUCACCAUCACUGCAAGGGGGAAGCAAAAAUGAUGAAAGACGGGAAGUUGUUCCGUGUGAUCCAGGAGAACUGUUGGGAUGCAGACGCAAGGAUUCGGGACAUGGAUGCACACGGGGUGACGGUCCAAGCCUUGUCCACAGUGCCUGUCAUGUUUAACUACUGGGCCAAACCUCAUGACACCCUGGACCUGUGUGGGAUCCUGAAUGACGACCUGGCUAAGACAGUGGCGCUCCACCCCCGACGCUUCGUGGGGCUGGGUACCCUGCCCAUGCAGGCUCCUGAUCUGGCUGUGCUGGAGAUGAAGCGUUGUGUUAGGGAGCUGGGCUUCCCUGGUGUCCAGAUCGGCUCCCAUAUUAACACCUGGGAUCUUAACGCCCCCGAACUCUACCCAAUCUAUGCUGCUGCUGAGGAAAUGAACUGUUCCUUGUUUGUACACCCAUGGGACAUGCAGAUCGAUGGGAGGAUGGCCAAGUACUGGCUCCCCUGGUUAGUGGGUAUGCCAUCUGAGACUACCAUGGCCAUUUGCUCAAUGAUCUUCGGAGGUGUCUUUGAGAGAUUUCCCAAGUUGAAGGUCUGCUUUGCUCAUGGAGGGGGUUCUUUCCCGUUCACUAUUGGCCGAAUUGAACAUGGGUUCCAGGUCCGGCCUGACCUCUGUGCUGUGGAUAACAAAGUCAACCCACGGAAAUACCUGGGCUCCUUCUACACUGACUCCUUAGUGCAUGACCCCAUCGCCCUCAAGCUACUUAUUGAUGUGAUUGGAAAGGAUAAGGUGAUGUUAGGAACAGACUAUCCAUUCCCACUGGGUGAGCUGCAGCCAGGAGCAUUAAUAGAGUCCAUGAAGGAGUUUGAUGGUGGUUUAAAGGACAAACUGCUUGCAGGCAAUGCACUGGACUUUUUGGGGAUUAAAAGAGAACAAUUUCAGUGAUUCCCAAGCAUGAAGAUAUUGUCAAAACAAAAAUGGAAAACAAUGUUUGACUUUCAAAUUACUCUUGAGUAUUGGCAGGACCAUAAAACAAAUACAACAUAUUGCGUGACCAAAAUGUAAAUAUUUAAAUAUGAAGAUAUUUUUCAUCUAUUUAGCUAAUUUAUCAUGAUUUUUGUUUACACUGUUGGAAGUCAUCUGUGGUCAACACUCUUUUUGCUGUUUAUGACUAA